AUGCUCAGAAAGUAUGGAAAGGAUAGUUCCGUAUUUGGAAGUGAGAAGUUACAAGGAAGAACCAGAAAGGAUGUACGGAUAAAGAGGAAGGUUGUCGGAAAGAAUACAGGAGCAUCAAACAUAGUCGUUCUGACUUAUAAAAUCAACGUUGCACAUUCAAGCCCUUCACGAACAGACACCUUCUCAACACUAAGUUCUUCACUUUCCUCCUCCAUACCAAUACCCCUCCUCAGUGAGUCAUCUCAGGCAGAGUUGGAGGAAGAAUUUCCGUCCGAUUCCAACUACGCUGAUGAAUUGCAUUAA